GGAGAACAUUUUGUUGUUGUUGAGAAAAUCCUUUUUUUAGGAGUUUUCGAGAAAAGCCUAAUAAUAAUAAAAAACAGUAACAUGCAGUGAGCCAGAGCAAAUGGGCCAGCCCAUUUGCGAGACCCACCGCAUCGCUCGACAAAAUGUGGCCUGUUUCCCCCCUAGAAAACAUAACAAAAAACGUGGCAUGUUUCUUUCUUUCUUUUGAGAGAACGUGGCCUGUUUUUGGUGGAGCGCGCCCAUUCUCGCCCCCACACCACCACCGGCAACUUCUCCAGAGGUGCGUGCGCGCAGGAGAUGAGAUGGAGAUGGGGAUGGAGAUGGGGACAGAGCGGCUGGAAGCCCUAGCAAAGGAGUAUCCGGGGUACAACACGGAGCUACUGGCGCACCACCUCGACAACGAGAACCUCACUGUCAAGUACAUCCCGGAGGACAUCAAGGUGCUCUUCGAGACGCCCUCCGGCUUCGUCGUCUUCGCCAUAGACUGCACUUGGUGUCAUCACGUGCACACGGAAAAUGUACUGCGUUAAUCACGUACAAAGAAAAGGUACUCCAAUAAUUAGUUUCUGCUACGCUUGCUUGCAUCCAAAACUAUUUGUAAGACCCGCCACGCUCCCUGAACAUAACGUAUGUUCUGCUUCAAGUCUACAGAGUCAGGCCCCGUUUAAUUGCCGCUUUACCCCGGCAUCGAACGAAACUCUCUUUUUUAGAAUCACCUUUUUUGGUUGCUAGUAUUAAACCCAGAUUUUCGGAUUCUCCAUGU